UUCACCUUCGCGACCCCACCGGUCUACAUUCUUUUUGUCGCACGUUCCUUUCAUUGGCCGUCUCCGCCCCUUCUUACCCGAUGACACCGAUUUCGCGGUAUGGGAAGAAGCUUCUAGCCGCCUACUGUGCCUUGGCAUUGCUUGACUCGACGGUGCUCGCUCUAGCGACACGUGUGAAUAUUUGGCAGCAAUUUUUCUUUGUGGCAGAUAUGUUCCCGUUGGGACUGUCGAUCGCAUCCCUUGUUCUCAUCCUUCUCAUGUUUUUAUCCAGUGUUACCUUUCCAAGCUCGUUUCUUGCCCGCCCCGCUGCGCAAAUAGGCAUAUUCAGCUUCCUUAGCGUGCUUUGGCUCGCUUCGAACGCUUUCUCUACUUCCCGCUGGGGCGGCAUCCCGAUGCCGUGCUCCUCUGUACCCCAAGACUAUCCCGACGUGCGUACCUGGUGUCAGGACGCACAGGCUCUCAAGUUCUUCAUCUGGAUCCUCUUCGCCGGUAUGUUCUGCACGACCUUGUCCGUCACGCGCUACGUCGUUGCGCAGCACAGGCACGGCAACCGGCACGUCUGGCGCGUCGCCCUUGCGCGGUUCGACCCGCGUUCGAGCAUAGACUUCGGGCACGUCCGCUCGCCCAGCGUGUUCGGCGGUCGGGCGACAAUGACGGAUUACUUUGGGCGGGCGAACGGCACGUUCCGUCCCGGGACCGACUCUAAGUGGUAGAUUGUGGGCACGAUCAUUAGGUGCUCCUUGUAUUUUGACCCUUGUUGGAGCCUUCUCCCAGCACCUUUUAAUUCCCUACAUAUACCCUGAGCUGACUCAUGGUCAUCUGGAUAUCAGACAUACUUAAGCCAUGGUGGCUUAAGACGUAAAUUGAUUCGUGUAUAC